AUGGACUCAACCUUUGUAGACACAUCUCUCACCAUCGACCUCAAUGUUAAUCCUUCACAACAUUCUGAUGAAAUCGCAAAGAGACAGAGUUUUCAAUCUGACUUCGUAAAUGAAAGCAAGCCUUCAGUGAAAGAAGAGCAACCUGAUGUUCUGAUGGAAGAGCUAAACCGGAUGAGGAUGGAGAACAAGCAGCUAACCAAAAUGCUACUUAUUGUGUGGGAGAAGUACAGUUCUUUGCAAAGUCAUGUACUGGAAUUGACACCAAAGGCGUCUGAAGACGUUUGCUCUGAAUCGAGGAAGAGAAAGGCCGAGGGAGAAGACUGUGGCAACGUUUUAGGAACUAAUGUAAAUAUUUACAGUAAUAGUGAUGGAGGCUUAUUCAAAAGGGCAAGGGAAAUUAAGACAAGUGUCAAAAGGUUUUAUGUACGGGCUGAUCCAUCUGAUGCCAGCCUAGUGAGUUCUCAAACAUGA